GCACACUGAAAUGAAAUUCUCGUGCGAUAUUUUCCUCGAUAAAAAACUGAGAUUAAUGACAUCCAAUAACCACUGCUCACCGUUUCCUCCGUGACCACCAACCCAUCUGCCUCUUCUCUCCUUCCAUUCCAUUUCAGCCCGAUUUUUCCAUUUUCUUACAAGUUCUGCUUGUUUUUUCGGAAUAUCUGAAUCCCAUCUCCAGCAGCUUUUAUCCUGUCUGGGUUUCCGGCCGAUGAGAUGGCCGUGAAUUGCCCGGACUCCUGCUCGAGGUCGAUCAACGAGACGGUGAAUGGGUCCCACAAGUUCACCGUCCGGGGUUACUCUCUGGCCAAGGGCAUGGGUCUCGGCAAGUACAUCUCCAGCGACACCUUCUCCGUUGGCGGCUACGAUUGGGCCAUCUACUUUUACCCCGACGGCAAGAACGCCGAGGAUUCUUCCGCCUACGUCUCUGUCUUCAUCGCGCUUGCCAGCGACGGCACCGACGUCAGGGCAUUGUUUGAGCUCACGCUGAUGGACCAGAGCGGGAAAGGGAAGCACAAAGUUCAUUCCCAUUUUGAUCGGGCCCUAGAGAGCGGGCCGUAUACUUUGAAAUACAAAGGGAGCAUGUGGGGAUACAAAAGAUUUUUCAAGCGGGCAAGUUUAGAAACUUCUGACUAUCUAAAGGAUGAUUGCCUUUCGAUGCAUUGUACCGUAGGAGUUGUCAGGACUCGUGUUGAAGGGCCUAAACAAUUUAGCAUUUCUGUUCCCGCCUCAGACAUGGGCCAGAGUCUCAAAUACUUGCUAGAUUCUGAAAUUGGAUGUGAUAUAGUUUUCCAGGUUGGGGAGGAGUCAUUUAAGGCUCACAAACUAAUCCUUGCUGCUCGUUCUCCUGUGUUCAAAGCCCAGUUUUUUGGCCUUAUUGGGAAUCCUAAUACAGAGAAAGUAGAACUUGAGGAUAUAGAACCAUCAAUAUUUAAGGCAAUGCUUGAAUUUGUUUACUCAGAUCAGCUUCCAAAUAUACAUGAUGUCAUUGGUUCUGCAUCAACGUGCACAUCAACAAUCAUGAUGCAACAUUUAUUGGCUGCAGCCGACCGGUUUAGUUUAGAUAGAUUGAAACAAUUAUGUGAGGCAAAACUAUGCGAAGAGGUGAAUGCAGAUACGGUGGCAACAACUCUUUCACUAGCCGAUCAGCACCGAUGCCUCCAGCUUAAAGACAUAUGUUUGAAGUUUGCAGCUACAAACUUGGGAGUUGUUAUGCAGUCUGAAGGGUUCAAGCACAUGGAAGAGAGCUGCCCAUCACUGUUGUCGGAGCUGUUGGAAGCGGUAUCAACAAUUGAUGAAAAGGCAAGUCUCUUGUCUAGCAAGAAGAGGAGCAGCAAUAGCAGCAUCUUUGGGGUAGACUUAUUGUUACUACCCGAUGGAGCUGGUGGUGGUGGUGCACCCCCCAAUCCUUUUGCCGACCAUCAUAAUAACAUGAGGUGUUUGCGGAGGCGGAUGUAAAAAAAGACCUAGUGAAGAUUUCAGACUGACCUUGGCUCUCUUAUGGACUGUUUGAAAACCACCCGAUGGGUUUCUGUCCAUAUAAAUUAGUUUCAAGCGCGCACAUGUAGAAACACGCUUGGCUAUUGGCACUUAAUAUGUUGUCUGCAUGUGGUUUUGGUUACUUUUUGUUAGCUGUGAAUUGUUCUCAUAGACAUUCUAAGUAUAGUAGCUAUAGCUUAUGGAAUGUGUUUUGCUCUCUUUUCUAGAAAACCUUGUCUAUUCAGAUCUAAGUUCUUUACCAGUUUACCAGUCUUAGAAGGCAGUCGUGGUGCAUGUGACACACAAGCCGAUGGUCCUCAGGAGAGGGUGGUGGGGUUGGACAAUGAAGUGUGGGGUUGGAUAUAAUGAUUUGAAAAGAUCUUGGCCAUCAGCCAUCUGUGCUUAAAUUGUACGGCUUGUGUCAGACAUGAAUUGUGCCGUUUGAUAGGCAAAAUUUCCAAAUUAUGCUAUGUUGACUUUGAUGGAUUGACCUUAUCUAGUUUUGCUAAUCGUUUGGAAUGCAUGGACUGGUUCACAUUGAACAU